CUCUCGGAGUUCGAAAUCUUCAGGCAGCCCGGAGGAUUAUAGCAGACGCACCGAACCGGAAGUGCUGCUGGAAGGAGCUGUUUCCGGAGGGGAAGGUGUUCAGUGAGGCGCUUUUGGGGGGGUUUGGUUGUCAAAGGGCUAAGAGGGGGGCCGGUUGAAGGCCCAGGGCCCCGAGCUCUAAGGCAGUGGGGGCCCGGAGAAGAUGGCUAUCACACGACCGUCCAGAUCCUGAGCCUGUACGGACCGACCCUGAGAGCCCCGGAGGAGGAUGAGCCUGCUGUGUGCGCAGUAUCUCCGGCAGGCUGAAGUCCUGAAAGCAGAUAUGACAGAUUCUAAACCUGGUACAGCUGAGGUCUGGACAUCUCGUCAAGCGCUCCAGGACUUGUAUCAGAAGAUGCUGGUGACAGACUUAGAGUAUGCACUGGACAAAAAGGUGGAACAGGACCUCUGGAAUCAUGCCUUCAAAAACCAGAUCACAACACUGCAAGGGCAAGCCAAAAACAGGGCCAACCCAAACCGCAGUGAGGUACAAGCUAAUUUGUCACUGUUCCUUGAGGCAGCUAGUGGCUUCUACACACAGCUUUUGCAGGAGCUCUGCACUGUAUUUAAUGUGGACUUGCCAUGUCGCGUGAAGUCCUCUCAGCUGGGGAUUAUCAGCAAUAAACAGACACACUCUGGAUCCAUGGUAAAGCCUCAGUCCAGUUCCUGUGCAUAUAUCUGCCAGCAUUGCCUGGUCCAUCUUGGAGACAUUGCUCGCUACCGAAAUCAGACAAGCCAGGCUGAAUCUUAUUAUAGGCAUGCUGCUCAGCUUGUCCCUUCCAAUGGUCAACCGUAUAACCAGCUUGCCAUUCUAGCCUCUUCAAAGGGGGACCAUCUGACCACUAUUUUUUACUACUGCCGCAGCAUUGCUGUGAAGUUUCCUUUCCCAGCUGCAUCUACCAACCUGCAGAAAGCCCUUUCCAAAGCUUUGGAGAGGUACAUAUGUCGCGAGGAGGUAAAGACGCGCUGGAGUGUAUCUGAUUUUAUCAAGUCCUUCAUCAAGUUUCACGGGCACGUGUACCUGACAAAGAGUCUGGAUAGAGUGAACCCCCUUCGCGAGCAGCUAGAAGAGCAGUUCAAGAACAUGCUUUUCCAGAAAGCCUUCAACUCCCAGCAGUUGGUUCACAUCACCGUGAUUAACCUCUUUCAGCUGCACCACCUGAGGAGUUUUGGCCUGGAGGCUGAGCAGCAGAGUUUUACUCCAGAAGAAGACCUACGCUGGUCACAACUACUUGCUCUCUUCAUGUCGUUCCUGGGCAUCCUUUGCAGGAGCCCCAUGAAGACCCACCACUGUGAGGAGACUUCCUGUGCGGACCCGCUUCCUGCCAUCAAGGUGUCAUUAGACUGGAUGAAGCUGCGUCCCAGUGUCUUCCAUGAAAACGCAGUUGAGGAAAGACAAUAUGUGUGGCCUUGGCUGAUUUCUCUGCUAAACCGUUUUCAUGUGCUUGAUGAGGACCUCUCUGGUGCCAACAUGUUGCCACUUCCGGAGGAGUUUGAGCUGCAAGGAUUCCUUGCUCUUCGCCCAGCCUUUAGGAAUCUAGAUUUUUCUAGAGGCCACCAAGCCAUCACUGGAGACAGGGAUGCACAGCACCGUAGGCUACGGCCCAUGCGUCUUGUAUCCUUGGGGAAAUGGAUCUGUGAAAACCAGCCUCGGCUUAUGCAAUAUCGUUGUAUUGCAGGAGAGGUAGAAUUCUUCACAGAUAUCCCUGAGCUUUUGACCGAAGAUGCAAAUGAAGCAGAUGGCAGGUCUUCCCCACAGGAGACCAUCCAUUCAGAGACUCAAAAAAAUGAAGGCAGCCCUGGCCUAAAAUCUGUGUUGUCCACUGGCCGUAGCCCUAGCUGUGAAUCCUCUGAAAAACCAGUGGUUACAUUCAAAGAAAACAUUAAGCCACAGGAGAUAAACCGUGAACCUCCAGCAAAAUGUUACUCCAGAACAGUAAAUGCUGGCAAGGAACAGAGAGACUAUAGCAAGGGGUUGAACACUGCGAUUACCAAAAAAGAUAAUAACAUUAAACGGAAGAAUGAGCCCAAGAAGUUAAAUAUUGAGAAGGUCACAGAACUUGGAAAACAGAGCAUUGCAGUGCAGGUGAAAACUCCGGUCCCUGAAGCAAGGAAAACCCCAUCAACGCCAACUUCAAGUCCAAGUGCAAACACCCAGUUCAUCCCAAUUCACCACCCUGGAGCCUUUCCACCUCUGCCUAGCCGGCCAGGUUUCCCACCACCAGCCUAUGUGAUCCCACCUCCUGUGGCUUUCUCCAUGAGCUCUGGAUAUACAUUUCCGGCUGGGGUUAAUGUCCCAGGAUCUUUCCUACAGCCUUCAUCUCACUCCAAUUCUGGAAACCAGGGACCUCCUGGGAAACCAUCACACAUUCCUUACAGUCAGCAGCGACCCUCUGGACCAGGAACUCCUAACCAGGGAGCUCUUGGAAACCAGUUACCUGGGCAAUCACAAUCGCAGGCUCCGUCCAACUCUCCAACUCAAUCCAGUGCACAGACUGCAACUCAAUUACAAAUCCAAGCAAUGGCCCAGCAGCAACAAUCUCCAACUAAACCAAUGCAAUCGCAUGGCAAGAACCCCACACAUCACCCUUCCCUCCAACAAUACCAGCAAGCCGAUGCAUCCAAGCAGUUAUGGAGUUCUCCUCCAGUCUCUAACUCAAUGGGAAAGGUGAUGCCCAUGAAACAGUCCUAUUAUAUGGAUAGCCGAUUACCAGCAGAACCUUUGAGUAUGUUGGAGCAGUGCUUGCAGCAGCACUCAGUCAUGCAGCAGCCUCUGGAGAAAAAGAUCAAAUCUUACCCGAUGGAUGCCUAUAACCAGAGCACAUCUGAUAAGAUGACAGACUUCUAUUGGAAUGACAACUCCUCCUUCAACUUAAAUGACAGCAGGGCCCUUCUUGCACAGCAAUCCCUUAAUAACCAAAGGGGCAAGCGUCCGCCCACAAGCUUCCGUUCAUCCGGCCCAGAGCCAAUGACUCGAAUGCCAUUUGAGGAGCCCAAGCGUUCCCCUCUCCUGCCCCCGGACCUGUUAAAGAGUCUGGCUGCUCUAGAGGAGGAGGAAGAGCUGGCUUUCUCCCCUCCUCCUGAUCUUUACCCAGCUCUGCUCGGCCCUCUGGCUUCUCUCCCUGGACGAAGCCUCUUUAAGUCUCUUCUGGAAAAGCCAUCUGAACUGAUAUCCCAGCCCACCUCUUUCCUCUCACUCACUGGAUUUUCACUGAGCCAGGAAAGAUUCCCCAGUAACAGCAUGUUUAAUGAGGUGUACGGCAAACCUCCUUGCACUAGCACAAAGCAUGAGGUCUGUCCACCCAUGGGGCAGCAGGAGACCUCCCUCUACUCUCUGUUUGAGGGCAAACCUUGGUCACCAUCACUUCCGGCAAGCUCAGCUAAUGUUAGCUUCCCAAAUGGUUGUUUGACAGAUCACUCUACACCAGCCAGCCAGUCACCUCAUUCCUCAAACCCAAGCAGCCUUCCCAGUUCUCCGCCUACCCACAACCACACAUCUCAGCCGUUCUCCAAUUUUGGGCCUAUUGGUACUCCAGACAGCAGAGAUCGACGAGCUGUUGAUCGUUGGAAAACUGACAAGCCAGCAAUGGGUGGCUUUGGUCUUGACUACUUGUCCGUGAAUUCAUCUUCGGAGAACAGCUGGCGCCAAGUGAACAAUUCCAGCAAUGUCAACACUUGGGCAGCUCACGGUAAUACCCGAGAGGACUCAUCUGCUGCUCUCAUGGAGAGCUUGAAGUCCAUCUGGUCAACCACGAUGAUGCACCCUGGCCCUUCAGCCUUGGAGCAGCUCUUGAUGCAGCAGAAGGAGAAGCAGCAACGAGGGCAAGGAUCACUGAACCCCCCGCACUGAGGAAUACGGGGAGAAGAAUUAAGUGACAUAUGGCAUGACGGAUCAGCAGCACAGGGCAGGAUCUGUCCUGAGCCCUGAGGAGGGCAGCCUUCUCUCCCCCCUCACCGAUCUGGGGGGAGCAUGUGUGGGAGAGCGUCCAGCAAUUCCCACACAAUCUGAAAACCCCCAGCCCCGCAGGCGGCAACGUCACCUGACGGACACAGCAGGAAGUUCCCAUCCAGAAGGAACAUGGGGCUUCUUGAGUUUAGGGGGAAGGGGCUAUUGUGCCCCCAUCUUUCUCGUUAUUUGUGCAUGCCUCUCACAGCACCCCCCAAACCUAUGCCUAACACAUGGAUAGAAAAUAUCCCCCAGCAGCGUAAGGCAGGCAGGGGAAAUGAGAACCUCCCUCUGAGCAUCCAAGUUUUAAUGAGUUUUAUGGUUGUUUUUCAUGGUGGAGGAUGUAUACCUCCACAUCCUAAUUGCAGCCGAAUGUCAGGAAUUCUCUCUAUUAGAGGAAGCAGAGGGACUUGUCCCCUCUCAUCCAUCAGCUUGUGCUGGCUGAAGGAGGUGUGAUUGGCUGGGUGGCUUUAUUUCUUUUCCUUUCCCCUCUUUGGGGAACAGGUGAGGGGGUGAGUGUUUGUGUUAUGGUUAUGGAUGCUUGCUUGUUCCCAUUGAGUGUCCUUAAUCUACUUUGGUGUCUGUCUCCCUGCCUGCUUUAUUGUCAUGUGUGUUUGUGUGUGUGUGCGCUCCAUGUUCCCUUAAGGCUGUGUAUUGCAGGAUGGGUGCUGACAUAUUAGAAGGUGGUGCUUUUAAGGUGGGGCAGGAAUUAGGACAAGUAGAUGCUAGAUAAACAGCCUCACAGUUGUUACAGCUAGACUGCAGCUGUAGGUGGUUUUCUUACCCUGCCCCUUUGAAAAAGUCCCUUUCAUCUGGCAGAAAGGUAACGGAAGUAUUGGAUCAAGUGGCAAUGCAAUGUCGGAUACACAUGCCAGAGUUCAUAGCACAAAUCAAGAACAGAGAUUGUUCUAUCCUCUUCAUUUCUCCGGCAUCCUGAAUAGCAUUGCACACAAGAAGUGUGUGAGCAUCAGGAUGUUUAUGCUAGUUGAUGAGCACAUGGUCAGAUAGACAUGCAGUGUAAAAGACAGGGGUGCCCUCACUUUUACAGUUACGAGGAAAGAGUGGUUCUUCUUGUCACAACUCUGUCAUGUAGCAUUGGUGUAUUUCUGUGUAUGCCAAGAGUACCAGUGCGUACUCCAGCACGUUCAACACUUCAUCCAUUGAACAUACACGUUACAUACUAUAUGGGACUGGCUGUCUUGCCCAUAAUCUAGGUUUCUCCUGGACGAAGCAGUUCCACUUGACUGGACAAACAGGUGACGAGAUGUCCUUUUGGCCAUCCUUCCUUUAGCAGGAUCUAGAGAGUGCAGAGACUCCUAUCCACUCCCACCUUUCCUUGUGUUCUUGUGUGAGCACCGUUCGCUCGGAUCUGCUUUACCAUUAAUAAACUCAUCUUCUCUACAGCUACCUGCAUGAGUUGUCUUUCUUUCCUCUUGGAACAAAAACAAUAUGUAACGACUUUUUAGAACUCCUCGUAUGCCCCCUACAUUAUUUGAUGGACAACCUUGCAAAUAGUGAUGUGCUUUAAGUACUAGAAGGAAUGGUUAUAUUUUAUUUAUUAAGGGAUGAACUAUUUUUAUUUUUUUUCUCGGAUUAUAGUGAUCGGGUGGUUGUUCAACCAGUAGAAGCGAGAUUUCACAUUAGUGCAGCUACCGUAUAUAUAUCGGAGUAUAUCCCCCCCCACAUCUCUUUCCGCUCUUGAACUUGAAGCAAUCACACCAUCUCAAUAUUGGAGUCCAUUAGAGAAAACAAAGAAGGAUUGUUGGCUAUUGGUUGCAACACUCAUUAUUGGAAGAGGCGGUUGCGAGGAUGGUGUUUUCUUUAUCAAUUUAAAAGAUGAUUCUUUGUGUGUGUGUGCGCAAUAGAGAUGUGUGUUUGAGGAGUUAUUUUUUUUUAUUUUAUCAAUCAAGAAUUCCUACACUGGAGGUGUGAAAACAUUAUUUUUAAUUACACUGUAUGACAGUAGAUGAAUCCUAAUAAGAUUUAUAGAAAUUCCAAAACAGACCUAUGCCAAGGUAGUACUGACUGCAUUAAGCAAAACUGUUAUCAUCAAGAGCUAUUAUGGGAGGGCUAUCUUACUGGCACUUAAGUUUUAAUAAAUAUUAUUUUAAGAUCA